UUGGGGUUAGAACUGGGCAGAAUCUACCCUAUUUGUGGUUACCAGGGCAAAGAGCCAGGUAUCUUAGGGCAAGCAAGCGGCUGAUACGGAUUUUCAAGCACCCUGGCAUUUUCCUUGGGAUAUGUUAUAGAAACAAUAUCCGAUCUGCUCUGUCAUCAUCAGGGUCAAAGGCGAGAUAUAUCUUCAUCGCCGAUUUUCCCUAUUUCUGGCCGUAUGAGUAAAAGAGCCUUCCGCUGCUCAGCUUCAUACAUACAUUAGACGCCAUGUCUCCAACACCAGGAUCCUCGCCGCUGCGGUUUGCAGAUGUCGCGGUCACAUUCACUGCUGACCAAUUCCAAGGCAUCUACCGGGGAAAACAGUACCACGAGCCCGAUUUCGCAGAGGUCCUAAACAGAGCCAGAGAGUACGGCUGCGAGAAAGUCAUGCUCACGACAAUGACACUAACCGGAGCAAACGACAACCUCAAGGUCGUUCGAGAGUUCCCGCACUUGUGCAAAAUGACUCUCGGCGUGCAUCCAUACCACGCCAGGGAAAUCUACGAGGAAUCCCCAACCCCCAAGUCCAGCAGCUACUUAGACAGACUCCAAAACCUGGCCGAGACCCUCCUGGCCGAGCCCAAUUCUCCCCUGGUGGCAUUUGGAGAAAUCGGCCUCGACUACGAAUACCUGGAUCGAGCCGAGAAGGAAACCCAGAAACGCGCAUUCCGCGACCAACUAGAGCUCGCCGUGAGGCUGCAAUUGCCGCUCUUCUUACAUGUGCGCGAGUCCUACGAGGACUUUGUCGCUAUUCUUGAGCCCUUCCUUCCCCUGUUGCAGCGGGGAGGGCUCGUGCACUCGUUUGCCGGAAGCAAGGAGCAGAUGCUGCGUCUCGUGGACCUGGGCCUGGAAAUCAGCGUGAAUGGGAUCUCGUUCCGGACGGAAUCGCAGCUGGACAUGGUCCGUCAUAUUCCCUUGGACAAACUCCAGCUUGAAACUGACGCCCCCUGGUGUGAAGUUAUGGGGAAUGAUCCGAAGAUUGCACCGUAUCUGGCUCCGGGGCGUCCGUUGCCUUCCUCUUGUAAGCACAACAGAUUUGUGUUAGGGAAGAUGGUCAAGACCAGGAAUGAAAGUUGUACGAUGGAAAGGGUUGCCUUGGUGGUGGCGGGACUGAAGGGAGUCUCUGUGGCGGAGGUGGCAGCUGCGGCUUGGGAUAAUAGUGUGCGGAUGUUUGGACUGGGGGGUGUAAAGCUGGUUCUGUGAAAGUAAUUGAAAGAAGAAAAAAAAAAGCCUAAGAAGAGGAU